CGAGAGAGAGAAGAGGGAGGGAGGGGUGGGAGGGUCACGCGCGCGCUGAUUUGACGGACAAAAGGAGCUGCCAAUCAGAGUGCGAACGCGCGUUCGAACGGGCCAAUGGUGACGCUGGAUGGAAAAGCGCGCGCGCCGCGAGCACUGGAACGGGCGGGUUUUUCGACAGGCAGACUCCGCCCACAGCGCUUGAGCGUUAGGUUGCGCGAGGGCUGCAGUUUCAGUUUGUUUUAUUCACCAUUUUGUGUAGCUGAAGGUAAAAUAUUAAAGUAAAACCCUUUCAGUGCAGUAGAGCUUUCUACCCGUUUAAUUUACUUUUACGAUUCGGGGAAAAGGGGGGCGUUGGUGGUUUUUAUGCGACGUUACAUUGAGUCUGUCAGUUGGUAAACCUAUUUUUUAUUUUCUACCUUUUUUUUUCCUUUAAAAAAAACCCUUCCACAGUGUUCCUGCAAAAAUGUCAAGACCAGUGAGGAACAGAAAGGUGGUGAAUUAUUCACAGUUCAACGAAUCUGAUGAUGCAGAUGAGUACGAGCGAGGCGCGGACAAGCCCAAGAAGAUGCGCGCAGCGCCGCGUGAAAUCAAGCACAAAAAGUCCAAGAACUCACAGGAGGAAAGUGAGGACUCCGAUGACAAACUCUCCAAACCUAAAAACGAUUCAGCAGAUGAUUUCGGGAGCGAGGAAGAGAACGACUUUGGGGCAGAAGAGGAGGAGGACGAAGACGGAGGAAGCGAUUAUGAAGCCAAAAAGGGGAAGAAGGGGAAGAAGGGCAAAGUGGAGAAGCCUAGUAGAAGGUCACUGAAGAGGAAACGGGAUUCAGAUGAGAGCGAUGAGGAUAAGGAGGUGAGCCGGAAGCCCAGGCAGGUGAGACAAGCCGCCUCCAAGGCUGCCUCCAAACAGAGAGAGAUCCUGCUCGGGGACCGAGGGAGCGAGGACGAGGAAAAAGACGAAGAUGAGCACGCCUACGUGGACCAAGAGUCCGGUAGUGACGAGGACUUCAUGGUGGACGACGACGACGACAGCGACUACGGCCAUUCCAAAAAGAAGGGCAAGAAAGUGAGCCAGAGAGGACGCAAGGUGGAAAAGAAGGAGAAGAAAUCCCCCAAACCCAGACUAAAGGCCACGGUCACCCCGAGCCCCAUGAAGGGAAAGGGCAAAGGUCGCCCAAGUGCGGCGAAGGCCCUGGAGAAGUCCUCGCCUAAAGAGGAGGAGGAGCCCGAGAGUCCACCAGAGGACGAGGAGGAGGACGAGGUGGAGAAGAAGAGCUCGCCGCCACCAUCAGCCAAAAAGAAGAAAAACACCCCCGAUGACGAGGAAGACGAGGAAGAGGAGGACGGUUCAGAAGAAGACGCACCGUCUGGGGAAGAUUAGCCGCCUUGCGUCUCAUUCGCUCUCUCUCUCUCCUUUCUUAUUCUGUCUUUUUUUUCUCUCUCUCUCUCCUUUGGAGGGUUUUUUUUAUUUUUAUUUCUCUGUGGUGACCUGGCUUUUUUUUAAAACAUACAGUUUCUGUAAACCGUAAACAUUGUCCCUGGAGAGGUGUGUGUGUGUGUGUGUGUGUGUGUGUGUGAGAGAGAGAGAGAGAGAGAGGUAGAGGCAUUUGUCUGAGAAUGAUGGAUUUGUUUUUUGUUUUUUUAUUUUAUUUUUUAUUUAUAGGUAAGAACUAUAAGAAAAGCCCGACGCUCCUCCACUGCUAACGGGCUGCUGCUCUAACGGUUCUUCUUGAGUUCUGGUAUCAUCUCCACAUAGUUCCCGGUGUUUCCACAGCAUUGGUCCCGGUGUUUUUCCUGCUCUAACACACUUGCGUUGACUUUUUUUUUCUUCUCCUCCCCCUCCUCCCCUCUCUUCCCCCAGCUCCUUCCAAGCGGUAGAAACACACACCUACAAACAUUUACACAUUUGAUCAUUUUAUGAAUUUGGAAUGGUUGAAAAGUCGGGUAACUGACGCCUCCUGGAAGCACCGCCUCCUUCUCUGCCUCUCAAAUUAAUAAGCUUUCAGCUGGUGCUUGAUUUUUUUUCUUCUUUUUUUUCUUUCUCUCUUGAAAGAUGCAUUGAAGUUUUCUGUCACAGUAAACAGAGAGUGUUUUGAGUCCAUAAAUGUGAAAUAAAUCUGUGUGUGUGUGUUCGGCUUAGCUAACGUUAGACAAUUAUAUAUUCAGUAGGGAUUCCGUUGCCAUUUUUGACCAUUUUCAGCCGAAAUUUAAAUCAGACUUCGAGGAGGCUUUAAUGCUAAUGAUGAUUAGAAAGUGUUUUGAAACAUCGUGGUUAAAUUGGUGCACGUGUGUGUGUGUGCGUGCGUGUAUACAGGGUUUUACAGUAAACGCCCCCAAAGCCAGUCCGUACAGGAUUUCGCUUGUGAUUGUUGCGGCGGAAAACGCUUGAUUUUUGCUGUGGUUUUUUUUUCUUCAAAAUUUGUGAAUGCGACUUUCAGGUCUUUUUGCGGAAAAGCUUGAUUUCGCGCGACCUUUCGCAGUGAUGUUUGGCGGUAAAUGAAACUGUUUAGCUGUACUCGUGUUCGACGCACGUGAAUCGAAGAGGCCUUUGUCUGAACAUCUCAGCCCGAAUCUGCAGUAAUUUCUGAAGAGAUUGGCGUUUGCUUUUGCGUUCAUUUCUGCGAUCGCAAAAUGCAGGAGGGACCGCCACACGCUACAGCGAUGAGCCUGUAAUCGUAAUUUAGCACGCAAACAACCAGCUUAUAUUUACUGACUUGCAGGGUUG